GGGAACUCCAAACGUUCUUUCCAUUUCUUACUCUCGCUCUCUCUGUUUGUGUGUGUCUACUUGUUCCGGACUUUAGACACCGUUGUAUAUUUUUUCGACUUUUCGCACGUUACGGGUAUUCAGUUGGAUUGCAGUGUGUGCGUGUUCUCCUGAUAGCCGGCUUAUUUAUCCAAUUACGUCCGUGUCGAUUAUUUUGUGUCAAAACGCCGCGAUCAAAACUUGAUCUCGCAUCCGCGCAUGUGCGAUCACUCGGUAACGCUACCGGCGAUUCGCGUGCCCGGUGAAACAACGAUUCGAUUGUCUUGCUCGCACUGUGAUCCUAGUCGAUACGAUCAUCCCCCGUCUCGCGACUUCCACGGUCAGUUUAAACCUCAUGUGUGCUUGCUGUUGUUUCGUGUCUCGUUGUAAAAGCUGGAUUUAUCAGUGACCACGCUGCCAAAGGAUAGAAAAAGGAUAGAAAAAAGGGACGUUACAGUGGUUUUGUUGUUUCGCGAGUAACACGAAUGCAACAGUGACAGCUGAGAAUUUUUUCUUUUUCACGCAACACACACAGACCCACGUUUCGUCACAUUUUUUACGAUGGUUCGGACGUAGUACGCACGACCGAAACAGGAUUUACUUUCUGCGGUGGUGCGCGAUGGUUUUCUUUAUGAACGUGUGCCGUAGAAAAACGUGACUGGUGAUCGAUAUUGUACGUGCCAAGGGAAUAUAGUGUGUUUUCUUUCGGGCUUAUGCUUUCCACUUCAUCGUUGUCGUCAUCGUCGUUGUGCUUGUCGUUGUAUCGUCAUUUUUACCGACAACAUCGUACACAGUCGUUGGUACCGUAGCAUACGAGAGUACCACGACCUUGCACGACGUACACCGUUACCGCUUCUUAAAGGGGGCAGCCUAACCAAUAAACCGAUAAACCGCCGUUGUUCUGUCGCAUACACACCAGCCGCGAAAAAGAAAUAAAAGAAAAAGUAAGAGAAGAAAGAAAAAAAAAGAAAUAAUUGGUGAUAUUCAUCACGGUGGCUAGAACUAGGAAAAUUCACAGGCAAUUCAUAUAUGAGCCGAUACGCCACAAGCACGUUCCUCCGUGCAGCACUUGCGCAAGGGUGAUAUGUUAUUGGAGAUGGAGCAGCAUUCGGGCUUGAUAUCCCUGAAUAUGUCGCCGUUUCAUCUAAGCCCACAGGGUAGUCCCCAAGGUGCGGCCGGGGCUGGUCAACAGCAGCAACAACCACAACAGCAGCAACCGCAGUACGGUUCGUCACCGUAUGGGAAUUGCGCUCAAAGUCCACCGACGACGAUCUGUCAUCAGUCACAGUCGCAACAACCGCAGCAACAGCAACAGUUGCCGGUACACAGUCAGUCGCACUCGCAGGGUGGUAUCUCGGGUUUCGAUGCCGCGUUCUUCGAUUCCACCGCUCUCGAAGAACGAUGUCCCAUGUGUGGCGACAAAAUGUCCGGUUAUCAGUACGGUUUGCUGACGUGCGAGUCGUGUAAAGGUUUUUUCAAACGUAACAACUCACCGUGCAGUAGUAAAAAAGUAUACACGUGCUUGUUCUCGCCGACUGGAGGUGGGGGAGGUGGGGGCGGAGGUGGUGGUGGUGGAGGCGGUGGUGGAGGCGGCGGAAGUGGCGGAAACGGUAGCAACGGUGGUAACAACGGUGGAAGCGGUAGCUGUGGCGGCGGCGGCGGCGGCGGCGGCGGCGGCGGCGCAUCAUCUGCGUUAGAGAUCGGAUCUUGCGGCAACAAGAAGGUGUACACGUGUCUGUUCUCGCCAACAGGAGCCGGAAGCGGCACUGGCAGCGGCAGUGGAGGCAACAAUGGCGCGGCGAAUGGCGGUGGAGGUGGUGGUUGCGGUACGUCGACAUCCCUCGAGAGUAGCGGUGGUAGCAGUUACGGUGGUGGCGGUGCCGCCGGUCCUGGAGGCGGCGGAGGAGCGGGUGGAGGCGGUGGUGCGGGUGCCGCUGGCGGCAGUGGGCCCACCGCAGGGAAUGCAGCUGCUGGUGGCGGCGGUAGCGGUAGUAGCGCGGCUGGUAGCGGCGGAAAUGGCGGCGGAUCCGCUACGGUAAGCGGCAAUGUCGCGAUACCAACUACCACCUAUUCAUUACCAACUGGUACCAUCUGUCAUCCUGGGUUGGGCCAGGUCGGGGUUGGUGUCGUGACCGGCUCGAUACCGUGUCCGUCCGAAUUCCCCGACACCAAGGACAUCAUCAUUGAAGAGCUCUGUCCGGUCUGCGGCGACAAGGUCUCCGGAUACCAUUACGGGCUACUCACCUGCGAAUCCUGCAAAGGUUUCUUCAAGCGCACCGUCCAAAACAAGAAGGUCUACACGUGCGUCGCCGAGAGGUCCUGUCACAUCGACAAAACACAACGGAAGCGGUGUCCCUACUGUCGUUUUCAGAAGUGCCUCGAAGUCGGCAUGAAGCUUGAGGCCGUGCGGGCGGACCGAAUGAGAGGUGGUAGGAAUAAAUUUGGACCUAUGUACAAGAGAGACCGAGCGCGGAAGCUACAAAUGAUGAGACAACGGCAGCUGGCACUGCAAACGAUACGCGGCAGCCUCGGUGACCCAUCGAACUAUUCCUCCGCCGUAACGCCUUUCCUGCAUAUUAAACAGGAAAUACAAAUACCUCAGGUCUCGAGUCUAACGUCUUCUCCAGAUUCGAGUCCAUCCCCCGCAGCCGUGGCCGCUGGUCUGGUCACGACACAAGCUGGCAGCGGAGCUGGUCAGCAUCAACUGAUCGCACCGUCCUCCCAGCCAAACAUUUCUGGCGGUAAUCACCUGCACAACCUCAACCCUGGCCUGGAUAGCAAGCUAUGGGCUGCCAAUUCCACCACCCCUAGCCCGAAGGCCUUCAACUUCGGCGAACAGUCCACUCACGGGGCCGCUGGUUCCGCACCCUCUACCGCCACGUUGAAAACUAGUCCGAUGAUAAGAGACUUCGUUCAAACGGUCGAUGAUCGCGAGUGGCAGGCAUCCCUUUUUGGACUGUUACAAAAUCAAACGUACAAUCAGUGUGAAGUGGACUUGUUCGAAUUAAUGUGCAAAGUGCUCGAUCAGAAUCUGUUCUCGCAAGUGGACUGGGCAAGGAAUUCGGUAUUCUUCAAGGAUCUCAAGGUUGAUGACCAAAUGAAGUUGCUACAGCACUCCUGGUCGGAUAUGUUGGUGCUCGACCAUCUUCAUCAAAGGUUACACAAUAAUCUACCUGAUGAGACUACGCUUCAUAAUGGCCAAAAGUUUGAUCUCCUUUGCCUCGGCCUACUUGGAGUUCCUUCUUUGGCAGACCUUUUCAAUGAUUUGUCGUCCAAACUUCAGGAACUCAAAUUUGAUCUUUCAGACUAUAUAUGCAUGAAAUUCUUGAUGCUGCUCAAUCAUGAAGUCCGUGGGUUAGUUAACAAGAAACAUGUACAAGAUGGACACGAACAAGUCCAACAAGCUCUUUUGGAUUACACGUUGACAUGUUAUCCUUCUAUACCGGAUAAAUUUAACAAGCUGCUAGCAGUAUUACCUGGAAUCCAUGUGGUAGCGAGCAGGGGAGAAGAUCACCUUUAUCAGAAACAUUGUAGCGGUGGAGCACCAACUCAAACUCUUCUCAUGGAAAUGCUUCAUGCUAAAAGAAAAUGAAACGAUAGAUUCGUUUGGCACUUUUGCCAUGAAUUAGUCUAUUGCUAUAUCUAAAAAAUCAAGAUAGAGCCCCUUAUUGUCAGAGUGGACCUCAAGUACCUAUUAAGAGCUAAUGCUGCUUAGGUAUUGGACCAAGUUCGGGGGUCUGGUUCAAAAGAUACCUAGGCAAACAAAUCAAGUAUAGACGUACAUACUUUACAUAUAUACAUAAUAUAUGUAUUAUAAAGUGUAUCUAAAUAUAUAAACAUAAUGACAUAUAUUUUCUAUAUUUGAUGUUGAAGUUUUAGAGAUGUAUCCAUGGAGAAUUAUUACCCCUGUUGAUGGGUACAAGCGCAGGGAAACAGUAAGCAAGAUGCCUUGAAAACAGUACAAAGGGUGGUUAACAAAAUAUUGGUCAAAGGGCAGGCAACUUUUGUCUAAAUAAGUAAAGCUAUUUUUCUAAUACUAGAAGCGAUUAUUUUUAAGCAUAUACCACUGAAGCCUUGCUCUCAUUUUAACAAAAAGAUAAUCCUAAUAGUAACGAACGAAAGAAAUUGUCGACUCUCCAGUCAAUUGUGCUUCUGCAAGGGAUUCAAUGGGCAUACUUGAACGACAGUAAAAUUUCAUGUGAUAUACUUAUAUAUACAUAUAUACAUAUAUGUCGCACGGCCACCUGGGCAUCCUUAGAACUUCCUAUGAAAAAUCUGCAUUUUGUCACACUUGCACACAGCAGGGCUACUACAUUGUAAAUACUAGUUAACACAUUCCAAUUACGUUGUAAAGUAUGAAUCAUGUUAAAUAUGUAAUUAUAAUAUUUUGUGUAUAGUUUAAUGAAAUAAAUAUAUUUCUGUUGCUUACUGAGAAAAAAUCAUUAGCUACUUAAUGUCUUCACUAAUUUUAGAGUUUUAUUCAUGUAUUUCUCUUUUAUUAUUUUUCAAAUAGGUGGCGGAAAAAGAAUAACCACAAAUUGCGAUAUUUUAUUAUUGUAUAUUGUAUCAUAAUAAAGAUUCUGUUUUAAGAAAUAAAAGAAUCAUUGGAGCAAGGUU